AGGAUUGUUCGGAGCCACCAUGCUGCCUUUAGCUCUGCUGGCUGUGUGCGCGUGCGCGGCCCUCUCCGCCCCCACCCUGGACCCGCAGCUGGACCAGCACUGGCAGCUGUGGAAAGGCUGGCACAGCAAGAACUACCACGAGAAGGAGGAGGGCUGGAGGCGGCUGGUGUGGGAGAAGAACCUGCGGAAGAUCGAGCUGCACAACCUGGAGCACUCCAUGGGCAAACACUCGUACCGCCUGGGCAUGAACCACUUCGGGGACAUGACCCACGAGGAGUUCAGGCAGAUCAUGAACGGCUACAAGCGCAGAGAGCAGAGGAAGUACAGCGGCUCCCUGUUCAUGGAGCCCAACUUCCUGGAGGCCCCUCGCGCCGUGGACUGGAGGGACAAGGGCUACGUCACCCCCGUCAAGGACCAGGGUCAGUGCGGCUCCUGCUGGGCCUUCAGCACCACCGGCGCUCUGGAGGGUCAACAGUUCAGGAAGACGGGUAAACUGGUGUCGCUCAGCGAGCAGAACCUGGUGGACUGUUCCCGUCCCGAGGGCAACGAGGGCUGCAACGGCGGCCUGAUGGACCAGGCCUUCCAGUACGUCAAGGACAACCAGGGUCUGGACUCUGAGGACUUCUACCCCUACAAGGGGACGGACGACCAGCCGUGUCAGUACAACGCCCAGUACAGCGCCGUCAACGACACCGGCUUUGUGGACAUCCCCAGCGGCAAAGAGCGGGCUCUGAUGAAGGCGGUGGCCUCUGUGGGGCCGGUCUCCGUGGCCAUCGACGCCGGCCACGAGUCCUUCCAGUUCUACCAGUCAGGAAUCUACUUUGAGAAGGAGUGCAGCAGCGACGAGCUGGACCACGGCGUGCUGGUGGUGGGUUACGGCUUUGAGGGCGAAGACGUCGACGGGAAGAAAUACUGGAUCGUCAAGAACAGCUGGAGUGAGAAGUGGGGCGACAAAGGUUUCAUCUACAUGGCCAAAGACCGACACAACCACUGCGGGAUCGCCACGGCGGCCAGCUACCCUCUGGUCUGAAGCUCAGGAGGACCGCGGGAAGAGUUUCUUCACGCAGAGAAACGCUCGAUUUUUAGGGAAAUGACGCCACGUUGUUCUGGCCGGUUUGACAAACCUAAAGUUUCAGAUUUUAGUUGUGCGUUUUAUUCUCUGUAAAUAUGUGUGUGUGCUGCUCGGUGAGUGUGUCCGUCACACUCGCUCUGGUCAUUGUAAAUGACUUUUUUUCUUUUUUUUCUACUUUUACUGUGAUCAAUUAAAGUUGUGAAAACACUAGUUGGGCGUUCAGAGUCGCACAAAGACUGGACAAAGUUUACAAUGUGGACCCAGCAAAUAAAAUCACUUUAACAAA